CUUUACUGCCAUUGUUUACCAAUGGACGGCGAAUGAUGUGAAGCAUGAUGGGAUGAGGCUGAGCGCUGAGCAUAAUUUGCAGUCUUGUUUUAACUUGAAACUUAUUGUGAAUGGUUUUGUUUGAUCAGUGAACUUCUCUUUAAGUUAUCCGUAGUUUUUAUUUUAGUGACAGUCACGAUGGAUUAUCCUGGCUCAAACUACAGUUUACCUCCAGCCGGUACUUCUCAAUACCCAGUUCCCGCCAGCCCUUACCCUGGUCAAGGAGCCACACAACCAAGCUAUGCCUCUGCUUUUAACGAUGCAUUACAUAUGUUGUGUUCAAUCAUGAAAUUGAACGCGGGUGCUCCAUACACGGGUGCUCCAGGAGGAGUGGACCACCAUGCAUUCAUGAGAGCAAACAUUGCUGCUUCAGAAGGUGUGAAUAAUCUUAAAGCUAUUGUUGGAGCACCCGCCACCAUUCCAACAGAAUCACAUAAAUCACCAAUACGUGACGAUAGCGGGUUGGAACGAAUAAUAGCCAUGAAGAAUGCCUCGAAAGAAAAUUUUUUUGAUACGACGGUUCAAAAACCAUGUGCUGUUUGUGGUGUGUCGUCCCCCCUGGUUUGCAUCGUGUGCUUGGAGGAGUACUACUGCAGCCACGACUGCCAAACCGAGGCCUGGGGCGAGCAUGAAUUGGUUUGCCGGAAAAGGGGAACUGCAAGUGGAGGCCAAAGAAAUGGUCACGCUGCUAUUGAAUCGAAUGCUGAACAUGGCAAAGUGAGUGCAGAAAAUGAGAGUAACAAAUACAACGGAGAGGCCUCUGUCUCUACUCAUACAACAGAAAGUUUGAGGAGGCCUGAUGCAAACAUGUACUUGAGGCCAUCGAAUAGGAAACCGAUCAUUAGAAACCAAAAGCAGCACAGACAACAGACAGAUACUAAGUCGAAUGCUUCUGAUGCAAGCACUGAUUCAAAGAGAACAAUGAACAAAGACAAUUAUCAGAAACCUUUCAAAAGAAAUUCUGGGUUCAACAAUAAUAGCUAUUUGAAACCCAAUGCUGAUGGUGACAAUAAUCGAAAACCUUAUGCUGAUAGUGAAAAUCAUCGAAAAUCUUAUGCUGAUAGUGACAAUCAUCGAAAACCUUAUGCUGAUAGUGACAAUCAUCGAAAACCUUACAGUGAGAACAAAACGAAUGGUUAUUUGAAACCAGAUUCUGAUAGUGACACUUGCAAGAGAUCAAUAAAAAAUGACGUGACCCAGACUAAGCCGAUUCCUCAACCAAAUUCAACUGCACCAAGAAAAACUGAGGCUGCAUCGUCUGAAACCGAAGUGAAGACGCGUAUUGAAGCAGGCAUGGUUAGAAAUGUUGCAUUGACUUCGGCGGAGUCGUUGACUGACUAUUGGGUCUCGUUGAAAGACGACGAAUCGGCGUUGAUGUGCCUGGCCACUGAGCUGAGCAAGCGUAUCACUGACCGUUCGCCCGGCCUGAAGAAGGCGUCGGUUGGCGACUGGUGCUGCAAGGCGUUUGACGGCUGUUGGACGCGGGCGCGAGUGGUGAAUGCCGCCAACCCUUUGACAGUGUUGUACGUGGAUUACGGAAACAGUGAGACGGCCACCAUAGACCAGCUGAGAGAAUUGCCCGCCGACCUGGGUGAACGCUCCUUCCCGCCCUUUGCCAUCCACGUCACCCACCCGGCCGGGAUCAGCCCCGCUGAUGCUGACCAGGUCUUCCCGUUGCGCUUCAUCUCGCACGACCCGCAAGGACUGUGGACUGUCGAAAAGGCUCGUCCCGAUGAGUUGACAGUACCGACGAAGCCAUGCGGUCAAGACGUGAGCUUUGACAGUCAGAUGGGCAGAAAUGAAGAAAGCUUGCCACCAAUGAUAUCCUCACCAUCUCCGUCAUGUGUUUCCACAGCAUCAUCCAAAUCGCCUUACUUUGAAGAAGGCAAAAUCUACAAAGUGCACUUACAACUGCCGCUAAGCUUAACUGAAUUCUAUGUAACUAAGCUUGAACUGAAGGAAGAACUGGAGAAGCUGCAUUCUGAAUUGAACAGUGUGGUCUCGGACAGUUCUCAGCCAAUUCAGAAUUUGGAAGUGAAGAGCAAAUGUGCUGCCAAGUACCUGGGCGAAUGGUACAGAGCAUCAGUGCUAAAGCUGGAUCCUCUGACGGUGCUCUUUAUUGACUAUGGCAAUGAGGAAACCUGCCAACCAAGUGACGUCAAGGAACUGCCACCUAAAUUCAGAACGCGUAUGUUGACAGCUCGAGUUCACUUAACCAAAACACCUACAAAGGAGCAAAUAAUGGCGAUGGACUCCGGUGAGCCUAUCCUAUUGGAAGCUUGAGAAAGGAUGGAAGUCAUUGGCUGGUUGACUACUCAACUCGUGAGGAUCUAUCAUCACAGAAAGAGCCAUGCGGUCAAGAUGUGAGCUUUGUCAGUCAGAAGGACAGUUUGCCACCAAUGAUAUCCUCACCAUCCCCGUCAUGUGUUUCCACAGCAUCAUCCAAAUCGCCUUACUUUGAAGAAGGCAAAAUCUACAAAGUGCACUUACAACUGCCGCUAAGCUUAACAGAAUUCUAUGUAACUAAGCUUGAACUGAAGGAAGAACUGGAGAAGCUGCAUUCUGAAUUGAACAGUGUGGUCUCGGACAGUUCUCAGCCAAUUCAGAAUUUGGAUGUGAAGAGCAAAUGUGCUGCCAAGUACCAGGGCGAAUGGUACAGAGCAUCAGUGCUAAAGCUAGAUCCUCUGACGGUGCUCUUUAUUGACUAUGGCAAUGAGGAAACCUGCCAACCAAGUGACGUCAAGGAACUGCCACCUCAAUUCAGAACGCGUUUGUUGACAGCUCGAGUUCGCUUAACCAAAACACCUACAAAGGAGCAAAUAAUAGCGAUGGACUCCGGUGAGCCCAUCCAACUGGAAGCCUUGAAAAAGGAUGGAAGUCACUGGCUUGUUGAGGUAAAAUAAUGAAAACAUUCCAUGUGAUCCAUAGGCUUGUUUUAUUUUUUAAGAUUUCAUUGAAAAAUUAUUUCAGUUUGAACUAUCGUCAAGGAGUUUUAUGUGUUAUUGUUUUUUCUUAUACGUAUACCAUUAUUAUUACAAAACCCUUGCUUUUAUAUUGUAUAAAAACUAGAUAUCUCAAAUCAUUUUCGAACGCUUUUUAAUAGAUUCUAUUGAUUUUAUUUCAUGAUUUUUAGUUGUAUAAUUACUUGGAUAACAAUUUCAACUCGGGAAUAGCAAUGUUCAAUGUAUUUCCCAAACAUUGUUUGAGAUGAAAAAUAUUUUCUAUCCAGAUUCUCAGUAGUUCAACUAAAAAGGUGCAUACAUAUAUUCAUUAGCGCCUCGAACACGCUCCUCACUCGCUCCGCAAUCGCUCCGAUCAUGAACGUUACGCGAGAUGUUACGCAAGGGUUCGAUAGAGGUUCGAAAUAAUUAUGUUCGAAGGAUGAUCGCGCGCUUGUUGUAUUGUUGACUUCGCUACAACCCAACCUCACAAAUGUGAAACGUUCAAUCCAGCUGAUCGGGUGACAAAACAAAAUAAAAUAUUCUGACCAGGGGAUUUCUGGGUAGCAUAAUAAUACAUUAUGUUUUUUAAUCAUGUUUAUAUGAUAAAUUGAUAAUAAUUAUUAUGUUUGUUGCAUCUAUGUUGAUGUUUUAUUACAAAAAAGGUUAUGUCUGUCAAUGUUUUGAUUUGAAAGGUGAAAGGCGUGGUUGGGUUUUUAGCUUCUUUCUUCUAAAUUCUAAUAUGCUGGAACCUAUUAUCAAAAAAUGUUUUUAUAAUUUUACAUGAUUUUAUAAUAAAUUACCAAUUUUUGAUAAUUUUAUAUGCUAAUACGGAGAUCGUAAUUUUCGUAACUGAUCCAACAAAAAUGUUAACCACGCAUGCGCAACUAUUGGUUAGUUCGACCUAGGAGCUUGCGAAGCUCGACCUCUGUUACACGCUCUUCUCGCGUUCCACUCUUGCUCCACCUUCGAUCAUCAAUCGAUCUGCUCGAGUGACGUUCGAUUGCGGAGCAGAGCGAAAGUCUGUACGCACCUUUAGAUGAACUACUAUUAGUGUUCUCCGGCGCCUAGUAACAGAAUCGCGGAAGAACUUUGUGAUACAGUAUUUUUUCCAGGGUGGGAGAUUACGAACCGACAUGGUUGCAAACAGGUUUUCAACUUUUAAUGGGUAUUUUACGCCAUAGUAAAAGACAGUAAAACUUAUUUUAUACCAUGUUUUUAAUACAUUCUGUGAAUGCUAAUGAUUGAUUUAGUUGAAGGGUCAUUAAUAAGAUACGAUGGCAACUCUAAAUUUUGUGCCUUAUCAACUAAGUAAAUGAUGUAGAAAACUUAGAUGGAAGAGUGGCGCUACCGUUGUGAACAUAUGAAAAAACUUCGUUAGCUUACAUGAAAUAUUUUAUCUUUGAGACAAGCUUCUCGAAAUUUAAAUUUAUUUCUAUUUCACCAGCCUUUUCACAUAAAUCUGAUAACUGCUAUUAUAAUGUUUGUUUUGAUUUCAAUUUAAUCAAAUGCUAAUGGAACUUUCCCUACUAUUUUUAGGAAUUUUCAAAAUAUUCUUAAUAAAGUUUACUUGAUAUCCAGUCAUACUCUGUAGCAAUAUGUCACGCCUUAUAGAGCUAAAUAAACAACCUUCAUUAAAAAUAUGCGCUUUUUAUCCUUGAAAAAAAUUUGGAAAUAAAUUAUUUUACUACAACUAAUUUUAGUUAUUCAGAAUAAAAUAAAACUCAACAAAAUUUAAUUCAUAUAAAUUUUGUAGUGUUUUCUACAAAAAAUACAUUUUAUUCUAUUCAAAUGGCCAACUAGGUCAUUAUUACUGUGAUUCGAGCUCCUAACAUCUUACAAAGCAGUUCGAUACCUUAGCUUAAAAAAAGGAAAUUUAUAAACUCGUCAUCAAUGAAUUUAUUUAUUAAACUUCAACUUUCCUUUCCAAUCAAUGAAUUUGUUUUAUUCAAUAAUGCUAUAAGUAUUGUAAGACUUCUUUGUUUGAGAGCUCUUUUAAUUGAAUCGUGAGGUUCUCUAUAACCAAAGUUUUAAGUUUGCUAUUUUUAACCUAUUAUUUCAUUGUUAUGAAAUAACUUUAUAGUGUAAUAUUUUCAUUUAUCUUCAUUGUUGAUUCCUAUUAUAUAAUUUUAUAUAGUCUGUUCAGCGAAAGAAAAUACUAUGAUAAAAUAUAAUUCACAUUACUUGUGUGUUUAUGAUAUAAGUGAUUGCUAAUAGUAUCAGCUGUUGAUUGCUGGACUUGGAAAUACCAUUCCAUAAUGCUUCCAUUCACACUGAAUCGUGUUCUGUGAUUAUUCAGUUGGAUUGUUAGGUGGCUACUGUGAAUUACUGAUCUUGCUGCUCCAAUAUCAAUCAAUUUUAAAACAUCGAACUAUAAUUUUACUAUUAAUUGUAUUGAUUUAUGUUUCUAUUCUAAGUUUUGAUAUAUCUUGUUUAUCAACUGACUUGGAACUAAUACUACUACCGAUAAUUUUAUUUUAAAAUGAUCAAAAGGCAUUCGAUAAUAAGUUUCUGUUGCCCAAUGUUGUUAUUAAUGAGAAGAAUAAAGUUUUAAGUUGAAAAUUCUCUGUAGCACAAUAUUGUUGAGUUUAAUAAAGAUUUUGUAUUUAUAAAA